GGGUCUGGUGAUUGACAGUCAGUGGCAACCAAGACAAUUCCGGAUAAGAGCCCCAGAAUUUGAGUUGUAGAAUUAGGAGGAGGAUCGCCGCAACCGGUUGUGGAGCUAGAAAGUGAAGUGAAGAGAAAUUGUGCCUCACAUCUCCGUGAAUGAUCACCACGUUCGCCCUAACCGUCCGGACUGGCAGCUGAGGAGCCACAAGACUGAGUAUGAUCUAUUUCCCAGGUUGCAGAGAAGCACAGAGCCCUUGACCAAGAUCAGCCCGACUCGAUGCCUGACUGUGGCCAAUCGUCUGGACAGGUCAGAGGCUACCCAUGACUCACCGCUGGGUCUUUCUACCUUGCAGAUUAACAACAUGCCAUCAACCUGGGUACAUGCAGUUGGUUUCACUUUAUUGCCAAAUGUGGGAGGAAUUUUUGGCUCUCAGAUAACCCGGAAAGAAAUUGCUGGCUGGUAUACAACACUCAAAAAGCCAUCUUGGUGUCCCCCUAACUGGGUUUUUGGUCCCAUGUGGACAACUUUAUACACAAGCAUGGGCUAUGGCUCCUACCUGGUGUGGAAGGAAUUGAAUGGAUUCACUGAUAAAGCGUUGAUCCCACUUGGUUUAUACGGAACCCAACUUGUCCUUAACUGGGCAUGGACUCCUAUUUUCUUUGGGGCACACAAGAAGGGAUUGGCUUUUGCUGAAUUACUCUGCAUUUAUGCCACAGCAGCAGCUACAACUGUGACUUGGUACCCCAUCAACAAAACAGCUGCUUAUCUAAUGGUUCCUUAUUUGGCCUGGUUGACUCUGGCUUCUGCUCUUAACUACUGCAUCUGGAGGGACAACAAGGAUAAGGAUGAUUAGAGCUAUUAAUUACUGUAGAACAUCGGGAAUCCAGCCUGCUCAACAACACUGACAACUUGAAGGAUGAAAUUUUGUUCCCCUGUUGAUUGUAUCAAGAGAAUUCAAAACUAAAAUUAAACCUAUGGCUCAUCCUCA